AUGUUGGUGUACAUCGUUCUCAUUGGAAUUUUGACGACAUCGAUUUAUUCUGAGAGUGUAGCCAAAAAGGAGAUAGUAAUUGCUGGUUUGUUUCCCACUUCACGUGAUAUUCCGGCCGGGGCUAUCGGGCGUGGUGUCCGUCCAGCCGUUCAACUAGCUCUUGAUAUGGUCAAUAACGAUACCACCAUUCUAAAGGAUUAUAUCCUUCGUAUGACGUCAAAUGAUACUGAGUGUGACAUGGCAAAGGCGACAAAGAUUUUCUUUGACAUGAUGGAUGAGAACACGACCAAAGUGAUGUUGUUCGGUGAUGCUUGUUCUAACGUCACUGGGCCUAUGGCGCAGAUAUCCAAGUGGUGGAAUAUGUGGCAGCUGUCAUACGCCGAUACAGAUCCCAAACUCUCCGAUAGAUCAACUUAUAGUAACUUUUUCCGGACUGUUCCGAGUGAUACGGACUUUAAUCCGGCCAUGAUCGCCAUUCUCCGGUACUUCAAUUGGACUCGAGUGGGGACAAUUUUCCAGGACCCUUCUACAGGAUCAGACAGAUACGGAAUAGCACACUCUCGCUUAAUCGAGUUACUAGAUGAUGCUGGAAUUGACGUGGUGAAAGUGGAGAGUUUUCUAGCCGAGCCAGACACGGCUGUUACCCAUUUAAAGGCUCAUGACGCCAGAGUAAUUGUGGGUUUUUUCGACCAUGAAAUGGCGAGAAAGGUGUUUUGUAGUGCUCGCAAACGAGGAAUGUACGGUCAGAAAUAUCAAUGGAUUAUCAUGGGUGAUUACCCACCCAACUGGUGGCGAUCUAACCACACUGAUGACUGCAGCAACAAGGAGAUGGAGGUCGCUAUCGAAGGCUACCUGUCCUCCGAGGUCUUACCCCUCAGUAGCAGCGACGAGGUUACGAUUUCGGGCCUGACCGCAUACGAGUACUUCCAGUUAUACAACACUUCUCGUGGACUAGAAUUCAGUAAAUACCAUGGUUACGCUUUUGAUGGUAUUUGGGUCAUCGCUAAAGCAAUGGAUCAGAUCCUACGACACACUGACCCCACAUCUAUAAAGGAGGAGACCUUCAGAGGACCUCCGGUAGCCUCGGCACUUAACGAAACAAACUUCAUGGGGGUCACGGGACGAGUGCAAUUUGACGGCGCGGAUCGAAUUGGCCACGUUCUUCUUUUGCAGUAUCAAGGAGGAGUAAUGGUGAAGAUUGGGGAGUACAAACGUGCUAACGAUGACCUGAUGUUAUUAGAUACAAUACGAUGGCAGGGGAAUGGGCCUCCGCGUGACCGGAACCUGCGCCGAUGGGAAGUGCAGAGAGUUUCUGUUGCUGCCUACAGCGUCAUUUGCUUUCUUGCUGGUAUCGGCAUUGUGAUGGCGACUGUAUUCCUCAUAUUUAACAUCAUAUUCCGUAACCAUGGGUAUAUCAAGAUGUCCAGCCCAUAUAUGAACAAUGUAAUUAUAGUGGGAUGUAUCUUGUGCUACCUGAGCGUAUUCCUCUUAGGAACAGACAGCGGUGUGGUCCCUACACACAUUGUUAAAUACGUGUGUGUGGCACAGUCAUGGGUUUUGUCCAUAGGUUUCUCACUCGCCUUCGGAGCAAUGUUCAGCAAGACCUGGAGAGUUCAUGCCAUCUUUACCAACAUCAAACUUAACAAAAAGAUAAUCAAAGAUUAUAAGUUGUUUAUUAUGGUGUGUGUGCUGGUACUGAUAGACGCCGGAAUCCUCAGUGCCUGGCAGAUAAUGGAUCACUUAUAUAUGACGACAAAAGACCUCCCUGCUCUGGUAGUUGGUGAAUAUGAAGUCAUUCCAACGAUAGAAUACUGCACCAGUAACGCGAUGAAGAUCUGGCUUGGCAGUCUGUACGCGUACAAAGGAUUACUGCUAGUAUUUGGUUGUUUCCUUGCUUGGGAGACGAAGAAUGUCACCAUAUCCGCCCUGAAUGACUCGAAGUAUAUCGGAAUGAGCGUGUAUAAUGUCGUCAUAAUGUGUGUGUGCGGAGCAGCCAUCUCCUUCAUCAUCAAGGACCAACCAACGCCCGCUUUCGUCAUAAUCAGCCUCUUCAUUGUUUUCUGUACGACCAUCACGCUGUGUCUCGUGUUUGUACCAAAGAUGGUUGAGUUACAUCGGGAUCCAGCAGGGGAGGGCCGCCGAAUCAGGGCAACACUGAGAAGAAAAAAGAAGAGAGCACAGGAAAAUGGUACAACAUUUCAGAAACGGAUCAAAGAUGUGAUAGAGGAAAACGAACGAUAUAAAGAAAUCAUCAAGGAGAAGAGUGCUGAGAUCAAGAGCCUCCUGGAGCAGCUUGGUGAGGACACCAGUGCCUAUGAUGUCGAGUUCAGACCUCAGCUACACAAAAAAGUGAUAGAGCUGCGUAUGUCAGAUCUUUCCCCUGCGUCUUCAGCGACAGAGAUGGACCACAUGUCGAGUUUUUCUGAUGUUAGUGCCUUCACGCACACCACAUGUACAGACUCACCCCAGGUCCGACAGCGCCACCUAUUGAGAUCUAAUAGGUCUAUGGGAGGAAGCGAUACCGAUUGUAUGGAACUCGCGGAAACAAAUUGCAAAAAGCCAAACUGUUACAAACCGAGUACGCGUCAGUUAUCGGGAGAGUCUGACGGUUGUAGACUGAAGAAUGGGCCGACAGAAACAGACAAGAUUGAUUUCUCCUCAACUGAAAAUUACGGAUACACCAGCACGCUGGACAACAGUUGUGUUCAGAUGAACGACAAAGGCGUACAAGCUGGAGAGGGUCAGCUAAGCAGGCGGCCGAGGUGGAAACCGCCCUGUAAGGAGUCCGCGUGUAUCAACAAAUACGAAACGGUGGCUUCAAUAUCAGAACGGACGGUAGAAAUGUCCCCAAGUAGACGUCUGAAUGCCCUAAUACAGUGCAGUCCUAUGACGGUGAACGCCCUUGUCCACGAGGAGGAGACCAUUCCAGCGCCUGCCUGGCAACAUGGUUACAUAGGAAGGGGAAAGGGGGAGCCUGAUGUCCUAGAACCUCUCCUGGAGGGAUGUAGACAGGCUGCAGCUAAAUCGUGUGGUUCCACGAAAAAACGAAAGUUGGAAACAAGACUGGACGAUAUAACAGAAUAACAAGCUGUUCGAUAUUUGUUAUUGGUUACAUAUAUAUUUCCGCAUUUAUUUAUGUGUUUGUGCACUAUCAGUUUGCAUUUUAGAAAUGUUUUAAGAAGAAUUUUACAGAAUAUAGGUAUAAUUUAGCCUGUAUCGCUUGAUUUGCUUUAGAUAACCUUAUCCAAAACUGAAGGUCGACUCCUCUACAUUUACAGAAGUCAUGUAAAUAAACUAUUUAAACUAUUCGUAAACACACUAUACAUCAAAUUUCUAAAAAUCAGUUGAUGUAUCGAAUUGCAUAAGUACUAGUUCCAUUCCAAACGAAACAGUAUUCUGGUCUUUAACUGGAAUCUAGUUAAUGGGUAUUGGUGACGUUUCUCAGUGUUCCCUAUAAAUCACCGAAAUUUGCACUUAAGUAGAUAAUUCUGUUACCUUUUAGUGACAAUGAGAAAAAAAUUGUCAUUCAUUAACCGUUUUUAAUGUUAAAUGCAAUACUUUGCCGUUCAACUAAUUAUUAAAUUGUUCUGCGUAUCCUGUCACUGUUUUCAUAGUUAUGUAUGGAAGGGCUAUUUAAACACUACAAAUGUACACGUCCUCACGGUUAUUUUGUUUUAAGUGCUUUUCAUGAUAAAACUUGUGCUAAAUGAUUGCGCUAGAUGUAGUUCCUGUAUUGUUUUUCGCGGCAAUUAUCCUAAAUUCGACAAUGUAUCUAUCGCCAAUCUGUUCAACUAAAUUGUGUUAAAUCUUAUUGCGUCGAAAUAAUAAGGCAUGCUAUACUCGUGAACAUUUUCCGUAAAUAUGUUCCAAUAAACAUUCGAUUGAGGUACACAUUGUGCAAUGAAUGCGUGGUUAGAAUCUUACAGCACAGAUACAAAUGUAGUUAUUCAUAACAAGCCGUUUAUUUCUGGCUUAGAGAAUGAACGACCGCACAUUAUUUGUCUCUUAUCUUCGUUUUUCUCUCUAGCUCAAGGAAAACUGAAAAAUGAAACAUAUAAUUUAACAAAAUGUUAGCUUCUUCGUUUCAAAAUCCACUACAUAGAAUCGAUCGAAAUACUGACCUAUAGUAUUUGGUUGGAUAUGUACACAACACAUGAGUAUCGAACAAGUAAUUAUUCAAUGCAAUUAGUUGGAUAUCAUUUAGCCCGGAUAAAUAUUUUCUCUUGUACAUAAAUAUCACAUGAUUUGCAAUCUUUCAGUUCAUUAUUUACUUAACGAGAUUGUCAAAAGCAAGCUUAGCAAUACCCUUGAUUGGUCGAAUAGACAUCAUUGUAGUUGAAACAAACUCCCUCCAGACGUAUUUGUACAGUAUUCAAUUUGUUUUUGUUUCAGUAUUACAUAUUAUUAUCAUGGCUAACAUUUCACAACGUUUUAGGUUAUUUGGUCAGUAGUUUGUAGAAGCAUUGGGCCAUCAUACCUACUGUCAGAAAUGUUCCUCUAUUCAGCGAGUUGUUAUUUCCGGUGCUACAAAUGUAGUUGCAAGAUGAAUGAUAUAAAUGUAUUUAUACACUGUAUAUGUAUUUAUACAAUUGUAAACAUACAUGUAUAUAUAUAUAAUCUGUAGAUGUUCGGAGACCGAUGAAGCAGUGUUGUUCUAAUUAUUGUUAUACAAACUGUGGCUGCUUCAAUCUCGAUAUUUUAUUACAUUUGUUAUUGUAAUGAGAAAAAAAAGUAUUAAAUUAAAUUUCCCUAAACUUA